AAUGUUUGAAAUUUGGAUUAAGAACAGAUUCCUGUGUAUUUCUAAAGUGCAACACCUGCCUCACUGCACCAUAUUUCAGCAUAGCUUUUUUCACCGCCUGCAGUUUCAGCACCACCUUAACAAACCGAUGUCAGAUUUCAUGCAGUUUUUUUGCAUUGACGUCAACCGCAUACAGCACGAAACGGAGGCUUUCUUCUUAUUUCGUAUGCCUGAGUAAGAAUAUGGACAGAAAGCCAGACACUGGUAACACUUUUAAACCAAUCUGACUGCGACAGCUGAUGACUUAUCUCCCAUCACUGUGAGGAAGAUACUGCGUCCAAGGAUAACCGCAACACAACCACCGUUGCGGCCAAGGCAAGAGCCAGCAACGUCCAGCACCAUGAUGGAGGGGGGCAUGCAGCUGCUCAACCGCGAUGGCCACAGCAUCUCACACAACUCUAAGCGCCACUACCACGACUCCUUCGUGUCCAUGAACCGGAUGCGACAACGUGGCCUGCUGUGUGACAUUGUGCUGCAUGUCUCUAACAAAGAAAUCAAGGCGCACAAAGUGGUGCUGGCAUCCUGCAGCCCCUACUUCCAUGCUAUGUUUACCACUCUCAUUCUGUGCGUUCAUGCAGACGAGAUGUCGGAGAGUCGGCAGACCCAUGUGACCCUCCAUGACAUCGACUGUCAGGCUCUGGAGCAACUGGUCCAGUACUCCUACACAGCAGAAAUUGUGGUUGGGGAAGGAAACGUGCAGACGCUGCUCCCAGCAGCAAGCCUGCUGCAGCUCAACGGGGUGCGGGACGCCUGCUGUAAGUUCCUCCUCAGCCAGCUGGACCCCUCCAACUGCCUGGGCAUCCGAGGCUUCGCUGACACGCACUCCUGCAGCGACCUGCUCAAGUCCGCACACAAGUAUGUCCUGCAGCACUUUGUGGAGGUUUCCAAGACAGAGGAGUUCAUGCUGCUGCCGCUGAAACAGGUCCUGGAUUUGAUCUCCAGUGACAAUCUCAAUGUGCCAUCAGAAGAGGAAGUGUACCGGGCUGUGUUGAGCUGGGUGAAAAAUGAUGUAGAUGGACGUAGGCAGCAUGUACCUUGGCUGAUGAAGUGUGUGCGGCUGCCACUGCUGAGGCGCGACUUUCUGAUGAGCAACGUGGAUACAGAGCUGUUGGUGCGUCACCACUCUGAGUGCAAGGACCUUCUGAUCGAGGCUCUAAAGUACCACCUGAUGCCCGAGCAGAGAGGGGUCCUCGGCAACAGCCGGACACGCCCACGACGCUGUGAGGGCGCUAGCCCUGUGCUCUUCGCCGUUGGUCAGUGUGCCCCUGAAGGUGGUGGCAGCCUGUUUGCCAUUCAUGGAGACUGCGAGGCGUAUGACACCAGGACUGAUCGCUGGCACAUGGUGGCGUCCAUGUCCACUCGGCGUGCACGGGUGGGAGUGGCAGCCAUUGGGAAUAGACUUUACGCUGUUGGAGGGUAUGAUGGCACCUCAGACCUCGCUACUGUAGAGUCCUACGACCCCAUCACUAACUCCUGGCAACCUGAAGUUUCCAUGGGAACAAGGCGGAGCUGUUUGGGUGUAGCGGUCCUGCAUGGCCUGCUGUACGCUGCUGGAGGUUAUGAUGGAGCUUCCUGCCUUAAUAGUGCAGAGCGUUACGACCCUCUGACCAGUACCUGGACAUCCAUUGCUGCCAUGAGCACCCGUAGGAGAUAUGUCCGAGUAGCAACUCUGGAUAGCAGCUUGUUUGCAGUGGGAGGUUACGACAGCUCCUCACAUCUCGCAACGGUGGAAAAAUAUGACCCCCAGAGCAACACAUGGACAGCCAUUGCCAACAUGCUGAGUCGGCGCAGCAGUGCCGGGGUGGCCGUGCUGGACGGCAUGCUGUAUGUCGCAGGAGGCAACGACGGCACCAGCUGCCUGAACUCUGUGGAGCGGUUCAACCCCAAGGCCAACACCUGGGAGGGAGUGGCCCCCAUGAACAUACGCAGGAGCACCCAUGACCUGGUGGCUAUGGAUGGCUGGUUGUACGCGGUGGGAGGUAACGAUGGGAGCUCCAGUCUCAACUCCAUCGAGAAGUACAACCCACGCAGCAACAAAUGGGUUGCGGCCUCCUGCAUGUUCACACGGCGCAGCAGCGUUGGCGUGGCUGUGCUGGAGCUGCUAAACUUCCCCCCUCCCUCUUCACCGACCCUCUCGGUUUCCUCCACAAGCCUUUGACACGGGGUCACCGCUUGGCUGCCCUCAGCCUCUGCUGCUACAGCCCAGACUGGCUCUGGGAAGAGACGCAACUGCUCUGUUUAAGAUGGGGAGGAGAUGAGAAGUGGACAGGUAACUGGAUAGAUGGAGGCUCCUGGCUUUGUUAAUGUACAGUUUCCUCCAGAAUUAGUGGCACAUGAUGAAACUUUAAUUGAAAAAAAAAAAAAUAUGUGUUGUAUUCUCAAAUAUCAUUUCUUAUUCUAAGUUCUACACAUAACUAUAUUUUUUCAUAAAGAUGUAAGAUUCACCAAGAUUUUAAUAUCAUCGUCAAACCAAUUGUACUGCUCUUGACCAAGUUUGCCAUUAAUUCUGAACUGCACUGUAUUUAGUCUGGAUGCCAGAAACUCCAGUGUACAGCUCCAUCGUACAGAUACCAGUUCCUGCUCUCUUUAAGAUGUUCCUGGAUGUGUUACAUUGACCGAUCUUUCCUCAAGCUCCACUUUAUUUCCCACCACUCUAGUGUUUGACACACUCAUUGUGAAACGUGGCGGGCACCUAAUUGUGUUUGAUGUAAAUGUUUUUUGGUUUGUUGUCCUUUGCAAUAUUUUUCUUUUGAAUGGGAUUUUUGCAAUAAUGUACAAAAAAGAGAAAGUGAAUGAUUUUACUUUUGGAAUGUAGCUGUUGACUCGGUAUACCAUGCAUGUUUACAUAUCAGCAUCAACUCCCAACAGGAGAAUAACAUGUUGUAGUGCUCCUAUGCCACACUAGGUGGCAGAAACAGGCAAUGUGAUAAACCCCUCCUACACUGCAAGAAAGCAUGCUCACAGACAACGGAGAAGUUAGGCCCUCAGAACUAUGAGUUUAAACCCUUUUUUUUUAUAAACAGAGAAUAAUUAUGUAGAAAUGUGUAUUUAUAAAAAUGUAUACAUUCUAAUAUAUUUUGAUUUAAAGAUGCUUGAAGAAGGAAACAGAUAAGACCUAUGCCUAUUUAAGAGUGUUUUAAUAUAUUUAUUUAGGUGUGUGAAGUGCAUAUCUUUAACAGAGAAGACAAAGAGAAUGUCCAAGUAUGAGUGAGGUUGGAGUUUCUCCUUAUUAAGGGGAAUGAUUGUUGCAAUUUGAAAUGAAGCAUUUUAUUUACAUUUCUUCAUGUGUCUUCGCUGCCACAAGCAUGAUCGCACAUUAAACUGUACCUUAUGUCUGCUACAUUUGUGCAAAAAUAAUUUAGAUGCUUGCAGAACUACAGACUAGUUAAUGAAAUGACUUUACAUUGUCUUUAUUCCUACUUAUUUAUUUAUUUAUUUAUUUUGAAAGUGGACAUGAAGGUGGAUUUAAUCCUUGGACCCAUGACAGUUCAACUUGACAUUGAAGCAGUUACUAGUUUACCUACUGUAUACCAACACUUGACACUAAUGAGUAAUGCUGUUGACACUUGGUGCUGUCAUAUUUCAUUCCAUACAUAUUCAAGAGUGGUGUCUUGUUAUAUUACCUCAUUGUUGAAAUUGAUCCAACUCUAUUUAGAAACAACAGUACAAUUAACAACAAAUAUACUGGCUAUAGAAAAUGUGGUGGGUGAAUUGGGAAUGUUGCACUGAACUUGCAUUGUCUAAAAUAAAUUGAUUUCUUUGAGUCGUCUAGACUCAGUUAAUGCCUGAGUUCAGUUCAGUUCGUGUGUAGCGCAGUGAUACUAUUCCAAACUUCUGAGAAGUUGCCUUUUUUUUUAAGGAUUUUGUCGAUCCGGUUCCGUUAAUCUAUAACUACCUUACUUUUCGUUUGUUUGAGUGGACACAUUGUAAUAGGGGCUGAUGGUCUUACAAACAUGCUGAUAUUCUGUAAAAGUCGCUGUGGAUCCGGGCAAGACUUUGAGUAGAAAGGCAGAGAAAACCACAUAAGACUUUUGCCUCCAUUCUGCUGAUUGAACUGUAAAUACAAAAGUUGCUCAUCUUAAAUCUGUUUGUGCAAUUCCAAUGUGACUGUAGCUUUUUUGAAUUUUGUGUUCAAUGUGGUGAUACUUGUUUAUUUAUGGUGUGUUUGUUAUUUAUGAGGAACUUUAAAAUAUUGCAUUUUGCACUGUUGCGAAAUGGAGCAAUACACUGUAAAAAAAAAAAUGAAAUAAAGACGUUUUCUGAUGUGA